UCCGGGAUGCUCCUCGGCUCAGACAAAGGAAGGAGGUGUUCCGUGCCGGUUCGUGGUGGUCUCGAUCCUCCGGCCCACAGAACUCAGAGGUCGCGAGACCCCGACGGACUCCAACAACAUGCAUCCGGGACUUUUGGUGCUGUUCCUGUCCAUGACGAGGAGCUCGUGGAGCGCCGCGCAGCAGACGUGUCAUCCAGGAGACGAGCUUCUAGCUUCCUGUACAGAGCUCAACCUGGGCUACUGUAAUGACAUGGACUACUCUAGAACCAUAUUUCCAAACAUCCUCGGCCACCGGAGUCGCAUGGACGCGGAGUCCGGGCCCGAGUACCUCCUGCUGAGCGUCAUCCACGGCCUCCUCAACGGGGAAUGCUCCCCCGAGAUCCGCCUGCUGGGCUGCUCGGUCGUCGCCUCGCCGUGCCGCGACGACAAGAUGAUCAAGCCGUGUCGCAGCACGUGCGACGCCCUGCGGAGGGACUGCGGCCACGCCUUCGAAGCCAUCGAGAUGGCCUGGCCCUACUUCCUGGAUUGCGAUCGCUUCUUCGCCAGUCAAGAGGAGGGCUGCUUCGACCCUCUGGCGGGGCUGAGAGCCAGACAGGAGCUGGAGAUGUCCAGCCGUUUGCCCGAAGAACCCAGCACCAUCAUCCAGUUCACGUACACCUCCAACGCCCAGAUGUACAGCCUGCUGAAGAGGACGGCGGCCAAGUGCGCCCAUAUCUCUCGCGUCUACAGCAUCGGGCGCAGCACGGAAGGCCGAGAACUGCUGGUCAUGGAGUUCAGCGACAACCCGGGACAGCACGAGCUACUGGAGCCGGAGAUCAAGCUGGUGGCCAACAUGCACGGCAACGAGGUGCUGGGCCGCCAGCUGGUGAUCUACCUGGCCCAGUACCUGUGUUCAGAGUACCUUCUUGGUAACCAGCGGAUACAGACCAUUAUCAACACCACCCGCGUUCACAUUCUGCCCUCCAUGAACCCGGACGGCUACGAGCUGGCGGCCUCAGAGGUAGAGGAUAAUAACAGUGACCCGGAGCUCGCCGAGCAGGAAGGUCACCUGUUGAACGGCUGGACCAACGGACGGACCAACGCCCAGAACAUCGACCUCAACCGCAAUUUCCCGGACCUCACUUCCAUUUUCUACCGGAACCGCCGCAGCAGGCACUACCGCAUCGACCACAUGGCGAUCCCCGACGCCUACUGGUUCGGCAAGGUGGCGCCAGAGACCUUCGCGGUGAUGAAGUGGAUCAGGUCUCUGCCCUUCGUUCAGUCGGCCAGCCUUCACGGAGGAGAUCUGGUGGUCUCCUACCCCUUCGACUUCUCCAGACACCCGCAGGAGGAGAGGAUGCUCUCGCCCACACCCGACGAAAAGGUCAUCAAGCAGCUGGCUCGUACCUAUGCCGACGCCCACGCCACCAUGUCCAACAACGACACGGACAGGUGCGGAGCCUCUUUUUACCGAACCCGGGGCAUCAUCAACGGGGCGUUGUGGUACAGUUUCGCCGGUGGUAUGUCGGACUUCAACUACUUGCACACCAACUGUUUGGAGAUCACCGUGGAGCUCGGCUGCGACAAGUUCCCAUCGGAGGGCGAGCUUUACCCGGAGUGGAAGAGGAACAAGGAGUCUCUGCUCAGUUUCAUAGAGUCGGUCCAUCGAGGGAUCAAAGGAGUCGUCCAGGACGUCGAUGGAAAUGGAAUAAAAGGGGCGUCGGUCUCCGUCAGGGGGAUCAGGAAGGACGUCACCACAGCUGAAGAUGGGGACUACUGGCGGCUGCUGAAUCCCGGGACUCACAUCCUGACGGCCACAGCCAAAGGUUACUCCCGGGUCAGCAAGAGGGUCCACCUGCCGCCCCACAUGAACAAGGCCGGGCGGGUCGACUUCGCCUUGGAGAAGAUUCCCAUCGAGCCGGACAUCGACGACCACCUCUUCCCCACGGUGGACACGUGGGAUCGGUUCGACCCGUACAACCACUUCGAGCGCGACGGCGAGCGGGACGUCGGCGAGGGAGGGAUGGAGCGCCAGGAGAAACCGUGGUGGUGGACCUACUUCUCCCAGUCCGGCAUCUCACCUCCACACUGGCUGCUGCGGAGCAUCUGAACUCACGACAGGACGGUGAGGGUCUGAGCAUGCCGUCGGGAUGGACCGCUCCCACAUCCCACAUCCCAUCGGUGCUCUCAGAGGCGGGAGCAGUGACACGACACUCUGCAGGAGACCUGAAUUGGUUUCAGCGCUUUCUGGAUGUGAAUAAGCAUUUUUUGUGUGUGUUUUUUUUACACAAAGCAAUAGAUUUGACUCUGAUCUGUCAGAUGUUUUUUGCUUUGCUGUUGCUUUUAACUUGUUUUAGUACUGUGAAAAUAAAGGAUUCAUGGACGCCUCAA